AUGCACUCACCACAGCAGAAGCAGCAGUACGCCUACAACUCCGCUCCCACCUCGCCUGCUGGCUACGGAGGCGGCUACGGCGGCGGCUACGGUGGAGGUUACGGCGGAGGCUACGGGGCGGGCGGCGAGGGCGGCUACGGCGGCGGUCCGACCUACACGCCCCACCGCUACGGCUCGGCGCCCGCCGGCGGCCAGGGCUAUCCGGAGCGUACCCCGUUGCUCGGCUCUGCCCCAGCCUACGCCGUACCCGCCUACGACACCGACCACUACCACGACAACCGCUUUAUCAAGCCGCGCCGGCCUUGUCUGAACAAACGGGCGAUUUGGGGCGUGUGUGUGGCGGUGACGCUGGCGGUGCUGCUGGCGGUGGCGGUGACGGCCUACUUCCUGUUCCCGCGCAUGCCCACGAUCGAGCGCAAGGGCGAGAGCAACCUCACGCUCCAGCUCGUUCCCUUCGUCCUCAACUUCACCGAAAACUUCGUCAUCGACAACCCCAACUACGUCUCCCUCUCCGUCCACAGCAUCAACAUGACGGUGUACCAUCGAUCAGUCGCCGUGGGCAAGACGCGGCUAGAGAAGAAGCACGUGUUCCCUGGGAGAACGGUCGACCAGCCCUUUGGCGUGGUGGUCACCCUCGACAACCCCGCGCCCGAGGUGCUGGCCCACUUCCUCGACGACUGCGGCCUCAAAGGUGAGCUGCCGCUGCACUUGAACGGUACUGUGGACGCCGGCUACUCGGUGGCCCACCACUCCUUCUUCCUCGGCUUCGACAUCACCCUCCCCUGCCACGACUAA